AUGAAGGUAUCGACUCAUCACUUCCUGCCAUCGUUGCUAGUGGCUUUGUGGAGUUGGGCUACUGUUGCUCAAGCUGCCACUCAUACCUUCAACUGGACCACUGGUUGGGGUAACUAUAACGUCGAUGGUAAUUUCGAGAGACCAGUUAUCACUUGUAAUGGUGAAUUUCCAUGGCCUGACCUAAAGGUCAAGAGAGGUGACCGUAUUCAAGUGUAUUUGACAAAUGGAUUCGAUGAUAGAAACACAUCCCUACAUUUCCAUGGUUUGUCCCAGAACGGAACUAACAUGAUGGAUGGGCCAGAAAUGAUUACCCAGUGUCCUAUUGCUCCUGGUGACACCAUGUUGUACAAUUUCACCAUCGAUGAUAACGACGGUACUUACUGGUACCAUUCCCACACUGGUGGUCAAUACCAGGACGGUAUGAAGGGUACUCUUGUUGUUGAGCCUGAGGAUUCUUUGCCAUUUGAUUAUGACGAAGAAGUCGUUGUGCAACUUGCCGAAUGGUAUUAUGACAAUGUCGAUACCCUUGACCGCAAAUUCAUGAACGUUUACAACCCAACUGGUGCCGAACCAAUUCCUCAGAAUUUGAUCAUUAACAACACUAGAAACAUGACCUGGAAUGUCGAACCAGAUACUACAUAUCUCUUGAGAAUUGUCAAUACUGGUGGAUUCGUCUCACAAUACUUUUGGAUUGAGGACCAUGAUAUGACUGUCGUUGAAGUUGAUGGUGUUUACGUUGAAAAAAACACAACUUCUAUGCUUUACAUCACUGUGGCACAACGUUACUCCGUUUUGAUUCACACUAAGAAUGACACUUCUAAAAACUAUGCUAUCAUGCAGAAGUUUGAUGAUACCAUGUUAGACGUUAUUCCUAACGAUUUGAUGUUGAACGCUACUUCUUACAUGAUGUACGACAAGGAUGGAGAAAAGCCUGAACAAAGCUAUGUAGACAGCAUAGAUGAUUUCUUGGAUGAUUUCUAUUUGACCCCAUUGGAUAAAGUCGAAUUGUAUGAAGACCCUGAUUAUACUAUUACCGUUGAUGUGGUCAUGGAUAACUUGAAAAAUGGUGUCAAUUACGCUUUCUUCAAUAAUUUGACUUUCACUGCUCCAAAGGUCCCAACAUUGAUGACUGCUUUGUCGGCUGGUAAAGAUGCACUAAAUCCAUUGGUUUAUGGUACCAACACAAAUGCUUUCGUCUUGAAAAAGGAUGAAAUUAUUGAAAUUGUCUUGAAUAACAACGAUACUGGUAAGCAUCCUUUCCAUUUACACGGUCACAUUUUCCAAUUGGUUGACAGAGAACGUGGUUACGAUGAUGCAAUUGGUGAAGGACCUCAUCCAUUCGAUCCAGAAGACCACAAUCCUUUCCCAGAUUACCCAAUGAUGAGAGAUACCGUUUACGUGAAUCCACAAUCCAGUAUAGUCUUGCGUUUCAAAGCCGACAAUCCAGGUGUUUGGUUCUUCCAUUGUCACAUUGAAUGGCAUUUGAAGCAAGGUCUUGCAUUGUUGUUGAUUGAAGCACCAGAAGAAAUGCAAAACACUGAAUCCCAACAAUUGACUGAUAACCACAAGCAAGUCUGCGAAAAUGUCGGUCUUUCUUGGGAAGGUAACGCUGCAGGAAACACUAACGAUUUCUUGGAUCUAGUCGGUCAAAACGUUCAAGUGGCUAACAUUCCAGAUGGUUUCACUGCUAAGGGUAUUGUUGCUAUGACCUUUUCCUGUCUAGCAGGUGUUCUUGGUUUAAUUUCCCUAUCAACCUACGGUUUGAUGGGUGUUAAGAAGUCAGAAGAAGAAAUAAUCAGAGACUUAGGUAUGGAUCCAGAUGCCGUCGAAAAGGUCGACGUUUCUGAUAUCAACUCGGAUGAAGAUUCUUCCAGAACAUCUAAAAACAUUGAGUAA